GGCCCCGAGCCUGACCCCGGCCCCGGCCCGGGCCCGGCCGCCGAGAGCCCGGCGGAGCUGGAAGGGGACGCUCACCGCGGUGCCUACACCGCCUUCAUGAAAUCCCAUCGCUGCUACGACCUGAUCCCCACCAGCUCCAAACUGGUCGUCUUCGACACAUCCCUGCAGGUGAAGAAGGCGUUCUUCGCGCUGGUCACCAACGGUGUCCGGGCAGCCCCGCUCUGGGACAGCAAAAAGCAAAGUUUUGUAGGAAUGCUGACCAUCACCGACUUCAUCAACAUCCUGCACCGCUACUACAAAUCCCCCAUGGUGCAGAUUUAUGAGCUGGAGGAGCAUAAAAUAGAGACGUGGAGAGAGGUUUACCUGCAAGACUCCUUCAAGCCACUGGUGUGCAUUUCCCCCAAUGCCAGCCUGUUUGACGCCGUCUCCUCCCUGAUCCGGAACAAGAUCCAUCGCCUGCCCGUCAUCGACCCCGACUCGGGGAACACGCUCUACAUCCUCACCCACAAGCGCAUCCUCAAGUUCCUCAAGCUCUUUAUCUCAGAGGUGCCCAAGCCUGAGUUCAUGGCACGGACCUUGGAGGAGCUGCAGAUUGGCACCUACAGGAACAUUGCUGUGGUUGGCACCAGCACCCCCAUCUACGUUGCCCUGGGCAUCUUCGUGCAGCACCGCGUCUCUGCCCUGCCCGUGGUGGAUGACUCGGGUAAGGACGGCUGUGUGGUGGACAUCUACUCCAAAUUCGAUGUUAUUAACCUGGCAGCUGAGAAAACCUACAACAACCUGGACGUGACGGUGACGCGGGCGCUGCAGCACCGCUCGCACUACUUCGAGGGGGUCCUCAAGUGUUACAAGCAUGAAACGCUGGAAACCAUCAUCAACCGCCUGGUGGAGGCUGAGGUCCACCGGCUGGUGGUGGUGGAUGAGAGCGAUGUGGUGAAAGGGAUCGUCUCCCUCUCGGACAUCCUGCAAGCCCUGGUCCUCCCCCAGGGCCCCUGAGGCAGUUUUGGGGUGGGAGGGGGGCUCAGUCCUCUCAAGCCCCCCAUUCGCCUCUCCUGUAUCACUGUGCCCCCCCCGGGCUGGUGGGGACACCCGGGGGAUGCCCCCACUCACCAGCAGCACCCAGCAAUAACCCCCAGCCCUGGGGCAGCCCCUGCUGCCUUUCCCUGGGUGGGGGGAGCCCACAGCCCCCCCCAAGCCGUGCCCUGCACCCCAAAGCUGUGUGGGGUGAUGGGGGCAGCCCUUGACCCCCUUGGGGUCACCCUUAGCCAUGCCAGGGCUGUUCCUGUGUGGCCUCUUGUCCCUGUCACCCUGCACCCUCUCCCUGGGUUUGGUGAAACCCACCCGGCCCAGGGACCCCCCCACACACCCCCGGGGGUCUCCCCCCAGGUUCCCCCACACCCUGGACCCUCUCCCUGGGUUUGGUGAAACCCACCCGGCCCAGGGACCCCUCCACACACCCCCGGGGGUCUCCCCCCAGGUUCCCCCACACCCACCACCGCUUCGUGUGUGAAGGGAAACCACGAAUAAACACAGACCUGGCACCACCCCCGGCUCCGUGCAGGGCACGGGGGGCAUUGCCAGGGCACGGGGGCUGUGUGGGGAGGGGCUGUGCCCCUCCCCAUGGGAAGGGAGAAUCUGCUGAGCUCGCCCAGACCCUAAAUCCCUGUUUGUUACGCCUGUGGCUUUUCUAAAAGGCCAGGAUUGGGGAUGGGACAGGGACAGGGACCCGGCAGGACAUGGGGACCCUCUGGUGGGCACCACGCCCGGGUGGUGCCGGCAUGGCUGCGGGCUGCUGGCCCGAGCCGCCCUGGACCUACCGCCGCAUCGCCGGGGAGUACGCGUACCUGGAGAAACGCUUUGUGGCCGAGCUGGCCCCCCCUUGGCCCCCAGUGCCCUCCAACCCCCCUUGUCGCCUGCAGGACUUCACCGCCCGGCCCCGGGUCCCCCCCACCCCCUGCCCCCCACCACAGCUCGAGGGGCCGGGGGGCAGCAGCGGACCCUGGGGGGGUCACCCUGUGCCCGCACCUCGCCCCCCGGUGUCGGGGGACAAGCCGGGCCCCCCCACCUACGAGGUGCACAUGCAGCGGGUGCAGGCGGCCCACGCCCGCCGUGGGGGACCCCCCCCUUACAUCGCGCCCCCCGCCUAUGACGGUCCCCACCGCACCCUCCAGCUCCGUCCCCCUCGGGGACCCCGCAGCCCCCCGCCGGCUCCUGCUCGGGCCCGGGGGGCUGUGCCGGGCGGCUGGAGCCACACUCUGCCCCGGGCGGCCACCGAGGCCAAGCACCGGUGGCCCCGUGCGACGCUGCCGUCCCCAGGAAUGCCCGGCACCCCCCGGCACUGCCAGACGCUGCCGCGGGCAGCAGC